AUGGAGAAACAAACAGAAAAGAAAAAUAGUUUUCCUGAGUAUGAUCAACGAUCUAGAAUGACCUGUGCGAGGCUGAUCCAACAGGGGGUCAUAGCUGAUGGAAACCGGUUUCGGUUUUGUUCAGUUCUUGUUAUUUUUGCUGAGUCAGUCGGACAGUCAGGCGAACAUUUUACUAUUAAAACUGCUCUUUCCAACGAACUAAUUUUUAUUCCAAAAUGUUUCCUCAAAAUUGAAGGAUUUAGCGUUACAAAAUAUUCCACUCCAUAUGUCUUUGUUCUGGCGAUCAAAUAUUUCUGUGCACGAAGUGUGAGACAUAAGCGAGACAAAAAGCACUGGAAAAAAAAAUCCAUUCAAAACUUCAAGAAAAAAAGGAAAAAUAAACAACGGAAAUUUGAUUCAGAGAAACAAAAAGAGCUAAAGGUAUUGGAUAAAGGAUCUUGGUAUGAUCAAGAUAAAUUAUUGCGAGAACAAGGGAUCCGAGGUAAUUUUGAAAAGGAAAAAAAAGCUUCUGCCAGUCAAAGCAAAAUUGGAAGUUAUGAAUUCAGCUCGUCUGACGAAGAAGAAAAAUCAGAAAGUGAAAUCGAGGUUAUGGAUGAUGAACAAUUUUCCAAGGCCGUUCAUCACUGGAUAAUAUCAAUCGAAGCCUUGGAAAAUUACUUAAGCGAUGUUGCUGUAUGUAAGAUGUGCCAUGAUAAAUUAGAGGUUCGGGAAGAAAAAUCUUACAGAGCGGGACUGGGUACUGUAGUGUCGGAGACUGCAUAUAUACAGACUGUUAUAUAUUUGUAUAUGUAAGGCACGGAGUGAAGUGUACAUAGCCUCUUUGUAUUUAACUAUAAUACGAGACACACGUGUUA